AUGGCGGCCGUGGUGGCCGUGGCGGCGCGGGGGUGCGGCGGCGUCUGGCGCCGGGCGCGGCAGCGCGGCGCGGCGUGGCCGGGACCCGAGCCCGGGCCCGGUCUUUUCCCCCGUAGGCAGAGGGCUGUCGCCUGUAACGCGAGAGGCGGGGCAGUGCCGGCGGGGAAGAGCGGCCUUGCUCCAUGGAUACCAGUUGUGGGUCUGGAAAUUCAUGCACAGAUCAGUUCCAACUCAAAGCUCUUCUCUGGUUCCCAAGUCCAGUUUGCAGCACCUCCCAACUCUUUGGUAUCUUUCUUUGAUGCCUCUUUACCAGGAACUUUACCAGUUCUCAACAGGAGAUGUGUAGAAGCAGCAGUGAUGACAGGCCUGGCUCUCAACUGCAGCAUAAACAAGAAGUCCUUGUUUGACAGAAAACACUACUUCUAUGCAGAUCUGCCUGCUGGCUAUCAAAUCACUCAGCAAAGAGUUCCUAUUGCAGUGAAUGGAAGUCUGUCAUACACUCUCUGCAUAGACAACAAGAUGAGCCAGAUGGUGACCAAAACUGUGAGGAUUAAACAAAUUCAGUUGGAGCAAGACAGUGGAAAAAGUCUCCAUGAUGACACAAGGUGCCAAACUCUUGUGGACUUGAAUAGGGCUGGAGUCGGUCUCAUGGAGGUUGUCAUGGAGCCUGAUAUGUGCUGUGGGGAAGAAGCAGCUGCAGCAGUCAGAGAGCUUCAACUCAUUCUGCAAACACUUGGGAGCAGCCAGGCAGUCAUGGCAGAGGGUCAGCUGAGAGUGGAUGCCAAUGUUUCUGUGCAUCAUCCUGGAGAGCCUUACGGAGUGAGGACUGAAGUGAAGAAUAUCAAUAGCAUACGAUUUCUGGCAAAAGCAGUAGACUAUGAAAUACAGAGGCAAAUUGAAGAACUUGAAAAUGGAGGGACAAUUUUGAAUGAAACAAGAGCCUUUGAUUCCAAGCUUGGGUGCACAGUACCAAUGAGAGACAAAGAAGGAAAACAGGAUUAUCGGUUCAUGCCAGAGCCAAACCUUCCCCCAUUGAUUCUGUAUGAUGCAAAAUCUUUGCCAGCUAAUAUGAACCAUCAGCAAGUGAUAAAUAUUGAUUGGAUUCAUGAGAGACUUCCUGACCUCCCCAGUGUGAAGAGAGAAAAGCUUGUUGAACAGUAUGGUAUUCUUCCUGAACACAGCUUCACGUUAUUGAAUGAAGAUGGACUAGCAGAAUUCUUUGAAAGUGUGGUAAAACAGACCCAAAUGAAGCCAAAGAAGGCAAUUGGCUGGAUUCUGAACGACCUGCUCAGUUACUUGAAACAACAUUCCCUUACAGUAAAGGAAAGCCCAGUCAGUUCUUCUCUCCUGGCUGACCUCUUGAACCUUCUGGAAAAAAAAGAAAUUUCUUCUACAGCAGCAAAGCAGGUGCUUGCAGAAUUGUGGAAGGGAGAAGGGAAGACUCCCCUUGAAAUUGUUAAAGAACAGAAACUUGAACUGUUACAGGAUCAAAAAGAGCUUGAACAGAUCUGCCAGGCAGUGAUUGAUGGACAAGAAAAUGAGGUUAUGGCAAUAAAGGCAGGAAAUCGAAAAGUUCUAAAUAAGUUAAUUGGUCUGGUACAAAGGAAUACACAAGGACGGUCCAAUCCUGUUUUGGUGAAGCAAUUAUUAGAGAAGAAGCUAUCAGAGUAGCCACAAGAGAAAAAGCUCACAAGCAACUGAAGAAGGACGUGCUUCGUUCUGUCUGCAAAUGAACUUUGGUGUCUCAUUGUGCAGUACUGCGCUUGUUGCUUAUACUUCAAGCAGCUUGAAGUCCCAGCCUUCCCUGGAUGCAUCAGCCAAAGGCAGAUGGGCCAGAGAAAAGCAGGAUACAGCCAUUUGCAUCUCCCACGCUUUGAUGUGGCACUUGGAAAUGUGAUUUCCACACAGCCCUGGGAAACAAGCUCCCAGAGGUGUCUGUGAGUAUGCAGAGCGCUGAAACGGCAUGGGUUAGUUUUCUAAUAAAGCAGGUACAAACUCA